GGGCCGCAGCGCCCGCGGGAAACGCGGGCCGGGGUUGUUCGUCUGGCUACCGCGGCGGGAAUGGCAGGCCUGGGGAGUCUGGUCCUGCGGCCUUGGAUUCGAGAGCUGGUUCUAGGGUCAGAGGCACUCUCAAGCCCGCGGGCGGGGCAGCUGCUCAAGGUACUGCAGGAGGGCGAGGCCCCGGGCCCGUCCCGCGCUCCCGACACGUUUGAAGGGGCCACGCUACUUGUGUCCGACGGGACCCACAGUAUCCGAUGCUUGGUGACGCGGGAGGCUUUGAACGCCUCGGACUGGGAGGAGAAGGAGUUCGGCUUUCGAGGGGCAGAAGGCCGGCUGCUGCUACUGCAAAACUGCGAUGCCCGCGUCCAAGUCGCCGAGGGAGGCGCGCCCUCGGAGUUCUACCUCCAGGUGGACCGCUUCAGCCUCCUGCCCACGGAGCAGCCCCGGGAACGGGUGACUGGUUGCAACCAGGACCCGGAUGUGCGGAAAAAGCUCUAUGACUGCUUGGAGGAGCACCUUUCAGAGUCCACCUCCCCCAGUGCAGGCCUUUCACUGUCCCAACUUCUGGAUGAGGUAGAGGAGGACCAGGAGCAUCGGGGGGCGCUAGUGAGCCUGGCUGAGAGCUGUCUGAUGCUGGCAGGCCCUUGCACAGCACCCCCCCUCACCCGCUGGGCGGCCUCACGCUGCAGAGCCACGGGAGAAGCUGUGUACUCUGUCCCCAGCCUAUGGCUGCACAUCUCUGAGAAUGACCAGCAAAUCCUGAGCUCUCUGGGCCCAGGUCAGAGGUCACAGGGCCCUGAGCUACCCCCACCACACCCGGCUCUACAGGACCUGUCGCUGACUCUCAUCUCCUCUCCUCCUUCCUCACCCAGUUCCUCAGGAACCCCUGCCCUACCCAGCCACAUGCUGUCAGAGGAAAGUGGUGCCAGUAUCAGCCUUCUGCCUGCCUUGCCCUUGGCUGCUCCAGACCCAGCGCAGAAGGGCAGCUUCCAGCCCCUGUCAGCCAUCUGCUCAGCCCAUGGCCCCCUGCCCCCCAGUUCCCCACACCCCAGCCAUGUACCCAGCUCCCCAGCCCUGAGCUGCACCCCAAGUCUGUCACCCCUUGGCCAUGUCCCCACUCUACACCAGGCCCAUGUAACCAUGGCCCAGAGACGUAGUCUGGAGUUCAAGGAGCUAGGGUUACCCCCCAAGACCUGGCAGCACUCUCCAAGGACAAGAACCACCAAGGGAGCCCUGGAGUCCAGCCCUGUCUGGGACCCCACAAAGAGGCAUCGUGACGGUUCUGCCUUCCAAUAUGAGUAUGAGCCACCCUGCCCCUCCCUGUGUGCCCAGGUCCAAGCUGCCAGGCUCCCUCCCCAGCUUGUGGCCUGGGCCUUGCACUUUCUGAUGGAGCCACAGCCGGAGGCUGAACUAACCCAGGUGUGAGGGGUCAUGUGAGCACAUGGGAGGAUGUGUGCACAGGUCCGUGCCUGGGGGUGGAUAAACAGGGUUUCACAC